AUGUCUUCUGAAAACCAGUCUCCCGCCCCCAGUGUUCAGAGCAGCCUCAACACAAGUGAAAUUGCAAGCAAUGAACAGGUCAACAAGUCCAUGUUGGCUAUUACCAGACUUAGGGAUCUCCUGGCUGCUGCUUCCAUAGCCCUAGCCAAUGUCAUUGAACAAAACCAGCCUGAGGACACCAAGAAUCAAAUAAGGCUGACAAUUGCGGCCACAGAAGGCGAUCUGGCUAUCCUCAUGCCAGCACACACCCAUUUGCUUCGUUCUGGUUCUGCCCGCACUGAGCAAGUUGCUCCCCAAUCCCAUGUUGUACCUCGUGAGCUACCAGUUCUUCAGUGGCAAGGAAACGAUCUGAACCUUAAUGUGGACUGGCACUGUCUACUCCCCAUUGUUCUGUUAAGAGAACAGCUUUCCUGGUAUGACAACUACCUUUGUAGUUCCCCCGAGCUUUCCUGGUCCUUUGUCCGCGACGCCUUUAUCAAGGUAUAUGGAAUCAACAACCUUGAGCAUCAAGUACAGCUCACACAUGAGCUGAUGCUCAUGAGAAUGAGCCCUACAGAAACUGUCAGCAACUACACAGACUGUUACCAAAGGGUUCGUUGGGAAGCUGACGUGGCAGACAACAUACAGGCAGCCAUUGCAUACACUGCCACACUUCUGCCUGAGCUGGCAAGACAAGUCUCCUUGCUACAAGUCAACAUGCCCAGGAAAAAACGGGACACCAUUGACAAGGCUGCUUCUCUGGCCCAGUUCAUCUAUAGCAAGGUCUUUCUGAUGAGCUUGCACAACGACCCUGUGCCCAAAGGCCGCCAUCUCAGCCCAGAACAGACGACCCGCAUGUCUGCUGCCACCUCUUCUGCCCGCUCCCCUGGUUCUUCCCAUGAAGCCACACAGAGCCGUGAGCACUCUUCCAGCAAGAGGUGCUCGCUCCAUGGCAAGGGCAGCCAUGACUCCAAAGACUGCCACAUCCUCAAGAACGCACUGGCAGCAAAAGGGGGCAAUUGGGUUGAAAAAGCCCCCUACAUCAACAAGUACGUUGGUUCUGCUCCUUGCCGUUGGUGUGGUGAAGUUUGGUCCCACAAACUUUGCUGUUCUUCCAUUGCUGGUUCCUUCAGCUCUUCCAGUUCUGCGUCUGGCUCUCUCAGGGGCUCUGCUCCCCACUUCACCAUCCGUUUUGCCCACACUGUCUCUGACAACAGUUCUCCCUCAGAUGUCAGCACAUCUGAGGACGAUCAGUCCAUGCACAUGAACUUUGAACAGUGCUCCCCAUGUAAGUACAUGGGCACUCACGUAGAUCUCAGUAAACAGUCUACUCACUCCUAUCUCAUUCCUAUUUCUUUAGAAAAGGAAAAACUACAGGCACUGGUAGACACUGGGGCCACCAUCAGCUCUGUCAACACCAAGCUCUGUAGCAAGUUUGGGUGGUCAAUAAUUCCUCGCAAAGAGAAAAUUGUGUUGGCCACUAUUUUGGAUCUUGCUGAGAAUAAAGAUGUUAGUAUUGGUACAGAUUUAAUGCCAAGCCUUGGUAUUCAUUUACUGGGACUAGCAGAGAGUUGGUACGGUUCUAAUACACCUCAGACCCCUACACCCAUAGCUGAAAUAGAAAAGCUCAAUAAUUCACCAGCUGGUACACCUACUGAACAUUCUCAAUUCAUAAAGGCUCUACUACCCUUUAUUAAAGCCAAUGAAGCCAUACCCAUCACUUCAUUUUGUACAGUUAAGGAAUCUAUUGUAUGA